AUGGCCACCAACGACGAGAAGCGACGGAUCCUAAAUCGGAUUCUGGUCCAAAGCCCGUAUGACCCGAGACCAGAGCUCUGGAUCUACCUGAUUUGGCUCUGCCUCACCAUCCGCAAAGAUGGAAAGCCCGAUUUUGAUGCUGUCGAAGAGGAGACUGGAUACUCAGACCUCUUCCUCCGGGAAGGAUUCCGUAAAUUAUCACUGCAUGGUGACGUCGUUCGGGCCUUGUUCAAGGAGGCCAUUGACCCGGAGGAUGGAGGGGACAAGGAGUAG